CUAAAUAUGAUGUCUGGAUUGUAAGGUAAAUCUUGUGGGCUCAAAGAGAGGUAAAAUGCUUAAACUUUAAUGAUAUAAUUUUGUUUGUGAAGUUGAUGCUGUGUAUGUAGAGCUUCCGAUGCUGUGAAUUACUUAACAUAAAUGUAAGAGCUAAAAAUGGCCAAUCUAUAUAACACAUCUGUUUUACAGCUAAAUGGCUUUAACAUUUCUCAUGAAGGUAUCUUCCCUGCAUUCCUUUUUGCUACCCUAAACUACCUGAUCAUCCUUUUCUGCAACCUUACACUAAUUCUUACCAUUGUUAUGAACAAAUCUUUGCAUGAGCCAAUGUAUCUCUUCCUGCUGAACCUUCCUGUCAAUGACCUCAUAGGUUCUUCAGCACUCUUUCCACAGCUGAUUAAGGAGAUACUGACAAACAGCAGAAGGAUGCAGCUCUCAGCUUGUAUUGCACAAGCGUUUUUCAUCCAUAUCUAUGCAGCAGGUACAGUGUUUAUUCUUAGUGCGAUGGCCUAUGACAGAUACAUCGCUAUAUGUUACCCGUUGCGUUACAACACUGUUAUGACUAAUGCUCACAUCAUGAAAAUAAUCACAUUAGUUUGGUCUUCUUGUGUGGUUUUAAUAGCUGUGCUUUUUAUUCUUCUUUUACGUUUGCGCCACUGUCGAUCCGAAAUAUUACACCCCUACUGUGAUAAUGCAAGUUUGUUGACUUUGGUAUGUGAAGAUACAACCAUUAAUAACAUUUAUGGUCUUUUUAUAAGUGCUCUUUCGCAAGUAAUAGCUAAUGGAAUGGUUUUUUAUACAUAUCUUCGGAUCCUUUUUGCAUGCUUCAGUUCCAAACAGUCAGACACUAAAGCAAAAGCUUUGCAGACAUGUGCUACACAUCUAUUUGUUUUUCUUUUGAUGGAGUGUUUGGGCCUUUUUACUAUAAUAUCAUACAGAGUAAAAAAUGUUCCACAACACAUAAGAAGAUUCCUCGGGGUGUCAACAUUAAUCUUCCCCCCAACUUUAAACCCAAUCAUUUAUGGACUUAAAACAAAAGAAAUUCGUGAAAAAGUCAUCAACCUUUUCAGAAUUAAAUAA